AUGAAGCCUUUCCGAAGAAGAUCCGUCCUCCCAGUCGCCUUAUCAGUCCUACUCGCCACACAUAAUGUUCAAGCAAUUGAUAUCGAUCUAUCAAGUCCAGACAGCAUCAAGGCUGCUGCUAAGGUUGCUGCAGACGAGAUGGUCUCAUAUUAUACCGGAUACCGGCCUGGUGAUGUUCCUGGUAAUUUGCCAGCUCCAUACUUUUGGUGGGAAGCAGGCGCUAUGUUUGGAGCAUUGAUAGACUACUGGUACUUUACUGGUGACGACACCCACAACGACAUCACUACUCAAGCUAUGCUUCAUCAAGUUGGUCCAGACUGGGAUUUCAUGCCUCCGAAUCAAACAAAGACAGAGGGCAAUGAUGAUCAGGCUUUCUGGGCAAUGGCUGCUCUUUCGGCGGCAGAGAAUAACUUUCCCAACCCUCCCAAAGAUCAGCCCCAGUGGCUUGCCCUGGUACAAGCCGUAUUCAACACUCAGGCUGCCCGAUGGGACAUGACUUCUUGCGCUGGUGGGUUGAAGUGGCAAAUCUUCGCUUUCAACAACGGCUACAACUACAAGAACACCAUUUCCAACGGUUGCUUCUUCAACAUGGGUGCUAGGCUUGCAGUCUACACUGGAAACCAGACGUAUGCAGACUGGGCAAACAAAGUUUGGGACUGGACAGCUUCAAUUGGCCUUAUGGAUGCCCAAUACAACUUCUUCGAUGGCAGUGACGAUGAUCUGAAUUGUACCGAGCUCGACCAUAUUCAGUGGACUUACAAUGCGGGUACUUAUCUUGUUGGAGCGGCCAACAUGUAUAAUCAUACUGGCGGAGACCCUCUCUGGGAAGGUCGUCUACGAGGCAUCAUCAACAGAAUCAACGAGGUUUUCGUCCGAGAAAACAUCUUGUACGAAGUUGCAUGCGAAGACAUCAACACCUGCAAUAUUGAUCAGCGUUCGUUCAAAGCAUACCUCGCCAGGUGGAUGGCAGCAGCCUGUGUCAGAGCUCCAUUCACAUAUCCCCUACUAAAACCGAUUUUGGAAGCCUCCGCGAGAGCAGCGGCAGCAACGUGUACGGGCGGAGCAAGCGGCACUCAAUGUGGGCUCAAAUGGACACAACAAAGUUUCGACGGUUGGACUGGAGUCGGAGAACAAAUGUCGGCUUUGGAAGUGUUCCAAUCGAAUCUCAUCCAAUAUUCUGCAGGACCUGUCACAGGCGAUACCGGUGGCACCAGCGAAGGUGACCCCAAUGCCGGUACCAACAGUGCCAUUGGUCCUGACGACCUGAACAAAGAACCUGUGACCACGGCCGACAAGGCAGGAGCAGGUAUCCUGACGGUAUUGGUCAUAUUCGUCUUCUUGGGAGGCGCAUGGUGGCUGGUGGCUUAG